UAUCCGACCCGAGAGACAGCGAAAAUUGCAACAGAGUUGUUUCGUCAUAAUCGUGUUGGAGCUUGAUAUCGGCCACUGUUGUCAUUGGGAGAAGUCCUGUUUUGCCGCCGCCCCCCCCUCGCUGGGCCCCCGUGUAGAGCCGCCUUGCAGAGUUCAGUCGGGCUGGGAGAGGAAUGCACUGGGAUGCGGAGCAGCAGCGACUGGAGGAAACCAACGCAGCAACUCGCACAGUAUGGACACUAAUGAUCCGUAUAUACACCUCAACUCUUCAGGGCCAAUGAGCACCGCCCACACCCACCCACCUCCCAUGGGUGGCAUGGUGGGCCACCCUUCUGUCAUCAGCACAUCCAGGCCCUUGCCGUCCCCCAUGUCCACCCUGGGCUCGCCAAUGAACGGCCUGGCCUCACCGUACCCUGUGAUCACCUCAUCCCUGGGCUCACCCUCCAUAUCGCUGCCGUCCACGCCCAAUAUGAACUUUGGACUCAGCAGUCCACAGAUGAACUCUAUGAACAGUGUUAGCAGCUCAGAGGACAUUAAACCACCGCCGGGCCUACAGAAUCUAGGAAACAUCAACUACCAGUGUACGAGCCCUGGGGGAAUGUCAAAGCACAUCUGCGCCAUAUGUGGGGACCGGUCCUCAGGAAAACACUAUGGUGUGUACAGCUGUGAGGGAUGCAAAGGGUUCUUCAAGAGGACCGUCCGUAAAGAUCUUACUUACACAUGUCGAGACAAUAAGGAGUGCCUGAUCGACAAGCGCCAGCGAAACCGCUGCCAGUACUGUCGCUACCAGAAGUGCCUGGCCAUGGGCAUGAAGAGAGAAGCGGUGCAGGAAGAAAGGCAGCGUGGGAAAGAGCGGGGCGAGAACGAGGUGGAAUCUACCAGCAGUUUCAACGAGGACAUGCCAGUAGAUAAGAUCCUGGACGCUGAGCUGGCUGUGGAGCCGAAAACAGAAACAUACACUGACGGCAGCCCGGGAAACUCAACCAACGACCCUGUCACUAACAUUUGCCAAGCAGCAGACAAACAGCUCUUCACUUUGGUGGAGUGGGCCAAGAGGAUUCCACACUUCUCUGAACUCCCUCUUGAUGACCAGGUCAUCCUACUACGUGCAGGCUGGAACGAGCUGCUCAUCGCCUCAUUCUCACAUCGCUCAGUCACGGUAAAAGAUGGCAUCCUGUUGGCCACAGGCCUCCACGUCCACAGAAGCAGCGCCCACAGCGCAGGAGUGGGUUCUAUCUUCGACAGAGUCCUGACAGAGUUGGUAUCGAAAAUGAAAGACAUGCAGAUGGAUAAAACAGAACUGGGGUGCCUGCGAGCCAUCGUCCUUUUCAACCCAGAUGCAAAAGGUCUUUCGAACCCACCAGAAGUUGAAGGACUGAGGGAAAAAGUCUACGCCUCAUUAGAGUCAUACACAAAACAGAAAUAUCCAGACCAGCCUGGCAGGUUCGCCAAGCUGCUGCUCCGCCUGCCCGCCCUGCGCUCCAUCGGCCUCAAAUGUCUGGAGCAUCUGUUCUUCUUCAAGCUGAUUGGGGACACACCUAUCGACACCUUUCUGAUGGAGAUGCUGGAGGCGCCGCAUCAGAUCACAUGACACCCGGCCCCACCCCUUCCCCUUGUACAUACUCCCACAUUGUCAGUGAUAUGAAGACGGAAUAAAAAAGACUUCAUUAAAAUUGUAAAACAGCAUAUUUUGUACCAUGCAAAAAAGAAAAAAAAACCCUGUAAUUAAACUUGAAUAAAAGUAUUAUAAGGUUAUGGGGGCUGGUUAAGUCACGAGAGGGAGGAUCAACUACACUGUCAAAAAUAAAUCUAAUAGAUUUUUAACAGAUGUUUUGUAAAUAGAUAAUUUCAGGUGUCCAUUUUAAAAGCAACCCAAUGCAAUUUGAAAAAAGAAUCAUAUUUUAUUCAGAGAAAAAUCGUAUAAAGACAGAAACCAACCCUGCAUUUCUUAAACACAUUUGAGAAUUCUUACAGAAUAAAGUUAUUUAAAAUGUUA